GCCUGGCAAAUCAUGUUGUUGCACAUACAUGAAGAACUUUCACACUUGCUCAAAUAGCUCAUUAUAAGCAUGUAAAAGUUAUCUACAUAAUUUUCUACUAAUUGUCGAGUUGAGUCUUCCAUUCAUUACAAUUACGACUCCUGCUGCUGUAUACCUGAUCCAAUGAGGUUUGUUUAAUGUCAUAAAAAACUGGGUUAAUUAUCUACCGGUCAAGUUCAUUAGUCUGUUUAGAGUCUUUAGACGUUCUUAUGAGGUGUUGCUCAUUUUAACAAGCUUUAGUCUACACAAGUUGUCCGUCACCAUGAAUUUGUUCCUAAAAAUUGUUGCGUCUCUCCCUAUUUUGAUUUAUUUAACUAACGGGUUCACAGUUCAAAACACAUGGGGUUCAGAGAGUGAUGGCGAUGUCAACCCAGUGGCUCGAUUUCUGACUAAUUUAAUGCUUGGGGAUAAACUUCCAGACCUUCCAGACCCCAAUUCCAUAAUAUCCAAUCUCAAUGUUACCAAGCCUUUCAACAUUUCUUCUGUUACCUCAGGGUUUCAAGGCAGUGCGGAUUUAGUGUCAGGUGCCAACAAUCUGUUGACCUCGUUUGUGAACCAGACGAGAUCAACGAUAGGGUUAGUUGCACACCACGGAAAUUUCACCCUAAUUCAAGCCGCGCUCCUCUUUACAAUUGGUUGCAUGGCCGCUGGAGCUGCCACCAUAGUUUUAGAAGGUCUUGCCUUCAGAGAGCGACAAACGGAGAUUGAGCUGUAUAAAACUCUUCAUGGUGGCGGCCAUCAUGCAAAUGGGGGUGUGUCCAUGGCUUAUGGUGCCCCUGCCCCUCCUCCUCCAUCCUUGCAAUACGGAAGUCCAAGUCAGCAUGAUUCUUACAGCAGUGCCCACUCGGACCCCAUUCCCGCUUACGCAGCAGUACCAAAUUCAUAUCCUUCAGCCCAACAACCUGAUUUGUCUGCAUAUUAUUAUGGAGCGACGAAUACACGUAGGAAGCGAGAUACAGGACAACUUGGAGAUGGAAGCUUUAUUCAACUUUCAAAACCGUAUCGCAAUCCUCACACAACGAGAAAAGUUAAUAGAUUUCACAAUGCAUUCAUCUCUGGUAGCAGCGGAGGCGGCGACACUAAGCAACGUUACCCCUCAACAUUUUCAGGGGUAUUUGCUAAUCCAGCGUCCCCACUGCUAGUGUCCACCUAUGGGGUAAAUCCUGGGAUUGGAUACCCCGACUCCACAAAUUACUUAUUGUUAAACCGUUUGGGGAUGAAACAUAAGCACGGUUCUUCCAAAAGAGGGGAAAGUAAGGAUGACAAUGACAUGGAAUAUGCUAGAGGUGAUCUUCCCCUUGAGGAUGGCGUUGUGACUUCAGUAAAAUCUCGGAGCCAGCAACAUAAAAGAAAACACAAGAAAAGACAACAAGGAGAAGAAGAGAUUUUAAACAGUUUUGGUGGAAGUGGAAUCGCAUAUCCUUCAUUUGUCGUUAAUUCUCAAAACAGAAUGCGAAAAUACUGGGAAGAUGUAGCGCAAGUGCAAUUAAUGCAAGGCAGAUAAUAAGUAAAUAGGAAAUAAAGAGCUUAAAUAUGUAUUUAUUUAUUCGCUUUUAAGCUUUUUUGUAAUAAUUUAAAAAAUAUGUUCAAAACGUAAAUGCAGUAAUGUUGGACUUUGAUUUCACAGUGUCAAUUAAUUCAAUAAAAAAAUUUUUCAAUUGAUUGAUUGCAGA